UAUAAUGUGUAUACCUCCCCGUUGCCUAACUGGAGAGGAACCCUCGACCUACUUGUAUGUAGUACCUAGAUGCAUACCGCGCUUGAACACGGCGCGAGAUAUAGGUAUCACACGUACCUAUCUACCUAACUAAGGGGUCACAGAUACACGCAUAAAGGGUAAUGCAUCGAUCUACAUGCCUACCUCGUAGGGAGGAAGACGGUGCCAGAUCAAGGUCGGGGUUUUAGGUCGAGGUCAGGCUGGCAAGCUUCCAAGUUCUACGGGUCUCCCCGGCAUCACCAAGCCGACAAUGUCUCCCAGCCAGGGGCGUAUCUUGGCGGAGGUGCCUGGCUCUGGGGUUCCAGCCUGCUGAGGUACCCCAUCGGAGAACUGGAUAUUCCGGGGUUGUCGACUUGGGAGUGGGGCCAGGGUCAGGUCGGCGUCGGCGUCGAGCGGACGCCAAUGGGAAACGGUUAUCCGUUAUCAGCCAUUGGCCCUGUGGGAGCUACCAAAUUUUUGGUCAACGGUGGGGCAGCCCUCGAAGAAGCCUCCUCGCGCAACUUAACCCGGCCCUCGCACCCACCAACGGCGCAAAACGAUGAGCCCGUGAGGGGAACCACGAGCAUACUUCCUCUCCCCCCCGUCCCGCCCGCCCUCCGGCCUCCCUUCGUCUUCUCCUCGAAGAAGAAGGAGAAGAGGGACGGCAUACGAUGCAGAAGAUCCUCGGCCGCGUGGCCACCGCCGAGCGGGCGGUCGCUAAGCGCGUGGAGGCCAGGGCACUCCGGGCCUCUAAGACGGAAAAGAAGACAAACAGGAGAGAACACAAGCAGCUGUACGACACGGUAAGAGGGGAGCUGGACAAGGCGAAGCAGACCGUCCGCGACGAUUGGGCCCUAGGCCCUCUAGCCCCCCGCCACGACGUCGGCGAAUGGUCCGGCGCAAAGGGCGCCAUCCACGAGAUGCGCUACGCCACCGGCGGCCGUAUCCCCAAAACCCUGCUCCAGCAGCGCAGCGCCUGGGCCGGCGGCAUGGAAUACCUCAACCUCGCCGUCAGCGACCGCGUCGUCCUCAUGGACGGCCCGGACAAGGGUCGCAUCGGCAACAUCUCCCAGAUCAACCGGGAACGAGCCGAGGUCACGGUCGAGGGCUUAAACAAGAGCAACGUCCGGAUCAGGCCCUCGAUACGCGGCGAGGAUGACCCCGUGUCCAUCAACAUCGAAGUUCCGCUCCCCAUCUCGGCCGUCCGCCUCGUGCACCCGAUCCGGGACCCGGCGACGGGCGCGACGCGCGACGUCAUCAUCAACAAGCUGAUCUCGGGCGGCUUCCUGCACGACCGGGUGGCCAACCGGCGGCGGUGGCUGCGCAUCGUGCCGGGGCUGAACCUGGUCAUCCCGUGGCCGCACAAGGCCGCGCCGGAGCUGCACGACUACGAGGGCGACACGCUGCGCAUCGACGUCGAGGCGCGCACCUUCGUGCCGACGCUGCUGCGCCCGCCCAUGCCCGAGCUCCUCAUCGACGAGCUGCGCGGCAAGUACAGCCGCUUCCGCACCCGCCACGACCCCGAGUACAUCGCCCGCCUCGAGGCCGAGGAGCAGGCCCGCCGCGACCGCCGCAAGCUCAUGGACUCCAUGCGCACCCCGCUCCAGGAGUUCCACCGCGCCGAGCGCGCCAACAAGAAGAAGAAGGGCAAGCCCCGCCUCACCCUCGAGAUGCUCGAGAAGAUCGGCGAGGUCAUGGCCCGCAAUCUCGAGAAGACCCGGAACAACAACAACAACGCCGCCGCCCUGCCGCCGCCGCCGCCGCUCGACUCCCCGCCCUCGCCCCCGCCCCUGCCCCUGCCCCUGCCCCCGACCUCGACGACCUCCUUGACCGACGCCCCGACAGGCCCCGAAGACGCCGCCGCCGCACCCCCCAGCCCUCCCGACUCGAUAGCGCAGGCGGCGCAACCGCCUAUACCCCCCGCCGAAGAAGCAGCGCCAGCUGCCCCCGCUCCUCCUCCCGCUACUCCCGCCGCUGCCGCUGCCGCCACUCCUCCUCCUACUCCUCCUCCUCCGCCGACGUCUUCCUCCCCCUCCCCCUCCUCCUCCCCCUCCCCCUCCUCCUCGCCCCCUGCCCCCGCAGACGCGACGGCACCGGAACCGCCCUCGCCGCCGCCGUCGCCGUCGUCGCCGUGAGAUCGACGCAGCCGACGAGGAGGGAAAAGGGACGGACCGGGGCGAGGCCGGGAGAUCGCUGAGUAGGGGGUGCCACGGGACGACGAGAGAGAGCGGGGCGAGGGGGGGGGGGGGCGCAAAGGGAAAAAAAAAAAGAAAA